AUGCCACGAGACCGAGCUCGACGUUUAGCACGGGUAGAGCGUCGGGCGCUCCUGCUCGCUGAGCGGCGAAAACGACGUCGUGAAGCGAAAGCUCGCCGAAAACAGCGCGCUUUGCAGGGCGAGGAGCCGCUGCAACGCCCGCGAACACUCGAGUCCACCAGGGUGUACAGGCCUGAGCUGGACUGGGAACAGGAGCCGCCGUUUGGUGAAGAGGACAUUCGAGCUGUUUUGCGGGGUGAGCGGAGACCUCGUGUGCUGCUCACAACGAGCGUGCAGCCGACGGGAAGGCAGAUCUACGACUUGAUCGGUGACCUCUUGUUUCUCUUCCCAGGUUCCGUGUACCGAGAGAGGGACCAGCGAACGCUAGAAGAGCUCUGUAAAGCCGGUAUCGACCAAGGGUUUACGGAUUUGUGGGUUAUCGUUCAGGGAAAGGGUUUAUCGUUGCGGUAUCUGCAACAUGUGCGCCUACCGGAUGGCCCAGUAUAUCUGUAUCGGUUGUCCUCGGUGGUUUGCAGUGAAUCGAUUCCGCAUCGAGGCACGCCGACACCUUUACCUGUGGAAGUGGUGACAUGUAACUUUCAGACGAAUCUCGGACGACACAUUGAGCGCAGCUUGAGCGCACUGUUUCCGCACGAGGGAACACCGCAAAGUCGCCAGGUUGUGCUCGUUCGUAAUCAACGUGACUAUAUCUUUCUCCGCUUCUACCGUUACAUCUUUGAGGCGUCGCGGGAUCCAGAAGCUGCCGAGCGGGUUCGUGUGCGCACUCAGGAACUAGGCCCACGCUUUACGCUGAAGCUUCUCUCUGUUCGCUAUCCAAUUGAUCGAUCAAGAGUCGCGUUUUCCUGGCGUCGGAGCCGCGUCGUCAAUACCGGGAAACGAGUGUUUGCACUGUGA